UUUUUGGGGACUGAUCAUUUUCUCCAUUUCCAUCCAUCUCUGAAAAUGCCUGGCUGCGGAGGAGACUGUGAUUGUGGGUCUAGCUGCAAGUGUGGCAGCGGCUAUGGAGGAUGCGGAUGCAAGAUGUACCGGGACAAGAGUUUCUCAGAGGGCAGCACCACCACCGAGACCAUCAUUGCCGGUGUUGCACCUGUGAAGACGCACUUUGAGGGAUCUGAGAUGGGCGUGGGAGCAGAGAACGGAUGCAAGUGCGGAGCCAACUGCCAGUGUGAUCCCUGCACUUGCAAAUGAGACCACCAGGGAAGAGACCACCUGAGAAGAAGGAAUUGAUAAUAGCAUGUAUGUCUUGCAUGUGCGUUUUAGGAGUGUUCUAAAAUAAGAGGCAGUCACUAGCAGAUCUCUAUAGUGAUCUAGGGUUUGUUAUGGCUUCUACCAUGGCUGCUUGGUAUUUGGUCAUUGUAAAAAAGAAAAAAAAGAAUUAUUAAUUUUUAGUUCUCUUUGUGUA